AGUGCAGCACUCACAGAAUAUAUAUUCCAAAGGAUAUAAAUAGAGCAGCAGCGUCGUCAGCUGUGGAAACUAACAUGAUAAGACGUGCCCCCGAGUGGUUAUAGAGCGGGAAGGGACAAGCCGAUUACGAUUCGAUUUGAUUUUUGUUGUUCCCUUUUUUCUUCUUUUUGUCACACCAUUUGACAUCGUUGCCAAAACGCUGCCGCUGCUGCUGCUGCUGUUGCUGCCGCCGCUGCCGUGCUAUUGUCGUUGUUAUUAUGUAAAAUCCGUACGGAAGCAAUUGGACAUCAAACAAAGGCAUCGGAAAAUCAUCUCCUGGACGCCCAACACAGCAGCAGCUGCGCGAAAGUUGAACGGCCACCAGAGGCAGCAGAGCAGGCCAUCAACAGGUCACGCGACCCUGAGACUAGCGUUAAUAAAUAGCCUUGAAAGAAAGGCAUUUGCCAUUGCCAUUGCCAUUGCCAUCUGAGACUCGUUUGCAGUUCCUCGCCGAUUGAAGUCAUGACUUCGGCCGCAGCCACAGACACAGCCCAAUCGCAGCAUCCCAGUGCCAGUGCCAGUCCCAGUGCCAGUGCCAGCGAUGAAUCCACAACGACUGCCGCUUCAGGCUCCUCCAGUGGACGGCAUCAGCUGCGACCCGUGAAGUACGACUAUGCCGAUUCAUUUGCCUGCACCUACAUUGUCUCUGUGGUGGCUGCCUCGGUGGCCGAGCUGGCCACAUAUCCCUUGGACCUAACCAAGACGCGGCUGCAGAUACAAGGAGAGGCGACAGCAGCCACAGCCACAGCCAUCACCACCAGCGGCAGCACUACUACUCUCCCAGGGGCCAAGGGCAAUAUGCAAUACCGCGGCAUGGUGGCCACCGCCUUAGGCAUUGCACGCGAGGAGGGCGCCCUCAAAUUGUGGCAGGGCGUGACACCGGCGCUCUACAGACACGUCGUCUAUAGCGGCGUACGUAUCUGCAGCUACGAUCUGAUGCGCAAAGAGUUCACACAGAACGGUAGCCAGGCCUUGCCCAUAUGGAAGUCUGCCUUAUGCGGAGUCACAGCCGGCGCCGUUGCACAAUGGCUCGCCUCGCCCGCCGAUCUAGUCAAGGUUCAAAUCCAAAUGGAGGGACGUCGCCGUCUGAUGGGUGAACCACCGCGUGUCCACAGCGCUGGUCAUGCGUUCCGCAGAAUUGUCCAACGUGGCGGCGUGAAGGGCCUGUGGAAGGGCAGCAUACCGAAUGUACAGCGGGCCGCUCUGGUCAAUCUGGGCGAUCUGACCACCUACGAUACGAUCAAGCAUCUGAUUAUGGAUCGACUGCACAUGCCCGACUGUCACACCGUCCAUGUGCUGGCCUCUGUGUGUGCGGGCUUUGUGGCAGCCAUUAUGGGCACACCCGCUGAUGUGGUAAAGACGCGCAUCAUGAAUCAGCCCACAGACAACAAGGGAAACGGGCUGCUCUAUCGUGGGUCUGUGGAUUGUCUGCGACAAACGGUGGCCAAAGAGGGAUUUCCAGCGCUGUACAAGGGAUUUCUGCCCUGCUGGAUAAGGAUGGCGCCCUGGUCGCUCACUUUUUGGCUAUCCUUCGAGCAGAUACGCAAAAUGAUUGGAGCUUCUGUCUACUAAAAGAAACCACAAUAUAGUACAUGCAAUACAAUGAUAUA